AUGGGCAUGAAGACGCUAAUUGUGGCAGUGAUCCUGAUGGCUGCAGCCUGGGCGGAGGAGCAGAAUAAGGUGCUGCAUGGUGGACCCUGUGAGCAGACGUCUCACCCCUACCAAGCUGCCCUCUACACGUCAGGCCACUUGCUCUGUGGAGGGGUCCUCAUUCACCCGCUGUGGGUUCUCACUGCUGCCCAUUGCAAAAAACCGAAUCUUCAAGUCUACCUGGGGAAGCACAACCUUCAGCAAAGGGAGAGUUUCCAGGAGCAGAGCUCUGUUGUCCGGGCUGUGGCCCACCCUGGCUACAAUGCUGCCACUCACGACCAGGACAUCAUGCUGUUGCGCCUGGCUCGACCUGCCAAAUUCUCUGAACGCAUCCAGCCUCUCUCCCUGGAGCAAGACUGCUCAGCCAACCACUCAAGCUGCCACAUCCUAGGAUGGGGCAAGACAGCAGAUGGUGAUUUCCCUAACACCAUCCAGUGUGCAUACAUCCACCUGGUGCCCCGUGAGGAGUGUGAGCGUGCCUACCCUAGCCAGAUCACCCAGAACAUGGUGUGUGCGGGAGAUGAGAAGUACGGGAAGGACUCCUGCCAGGGGGAUUCUGGGGGCCCACUCGUGUGUGGAGACCGUCUCCGAGGCCUUGUGUCAUGGGGUAAUGUUCCCUGUGGAUCCAAGGAGAAGCCAGGAGUCUACACUGAUGUCUGCAGAUAUGGCCACUGGAUCAGAAAAACCAUUCAGGCCAACUAA